AUGCAUACCUUCCACCACAAUUUCGUCUUAUUGAACUUCUUCGUCCUCGCCGCGUCGUCGGUAUUUGCCGCCCCGUCCCAAUGUCCGACCUACAUCGACACCGUCGUGCCAUCGGGCCAGAACGCAGUCUACGGCAGACGCGAGCCCGGCGAUCCCUUCCUCGCGACGAUGCAGGACGUCCACGACACACUGUCCCGCUGCUCCGGCAUCAAGGGCCUCAAAUUGCGCGUCACGGGGCUGGGCUGCUCCGAGUGGCCCGACAGAUGGAGCUUCCCCUUCGACCUCUCGUCGAGCUCUAACUACCCUUCGAAGCUGGAAUCGCUGGACCUUGAGGGCUACCAGUUCGACGACGCGGACUGGAAAGAGGUAUCGCAGCCGCCGUUCCGCACCGGCUCCAAGUUCUGGGACACUCUCGAGUGGCUCGGAUCGGGGAGGGCGUGGAAGUGGCUCAGAUGGCUGCCGCUGUCCCGGUCGCAGAAGGAGAAGACUAACCUCGAUCUCUGGCUCGAAGCCAUGGACUUUUCGCACAUCAAGGAUCUUGCUCUCAAGCAGGCUUGGAACGGUCAACCGGAAUUGCAGCCUCUUAUCCCGCACCUCAAAUCGCUCCGAUCGCUGAACAUCACUGGGCAAUGGGCCAAGGACUUCAUCCUAGGGCUGCCGGCAGACUCGCUGACGCACCUCGCGUGGCAUUACAGCGGCGAGACGGGCGCCUCCGUCCUCCCUGUCCUGCGCCACCACGCGCGGUCUCUGACGAGCCUCGACUGGCGGGAGCCGGAAAUGGGACAACGGCAGCGGCGGGUCAUGUCGCCCGAGCAGAUCGCCGAGCUGGGUCGCAUGGCCCCGAACCUAAAGACGCUCACUCUCGACGUCAACCGGAACGGGACCUGGCCGAUGGAGCACCUCGAGGCGUUGGCGGCGAGUUUCCCCAAGGUUGCUACCGUGACCGUGUUUUUCGAGAUCGCGAGCGAGUGCCGGCGCCAACUGGAGACUUCCGGACGACCAUACGGGUAUCCUGAGAGGCCGAAGCCGGGCGAAGAAUUGCCGUGCAGCGGCAUCGAGUCCAUGGCGCAGCCCCUGCUGAACAAUGCCAACGCAGUCAAGCUGUUUGAGUUCCUCCGGGAGAAGAAGGUCGGCAAGGCGCUGACCAAGGCCGUCUUCUAUGCCGGAGACUGGUCGCGGGGGUGGGACGGGCCGAUAGCCGAGGAUCAGUGGCUCGAUGGCAGGGCGGCCUUUAUGUUCUGCGAGGCCGUGGACAAAGUGGCCGAGGGCGCUGGGAGCAAGCAGAUUUUGUGUCAGGGGAUAGACACCAAGAUUGCCUCGUCGCGCUGGGGGUCUGGGUACGACGAGAUCCUUGCUGGCGACGACGACGACGACUACAAUCUGGCGUGGGCGACAGACCUAGCCAAGCGCGCCAGGCGGAUGGAGUUGUUAGAUUAG